AUGGCUGCUGCCUCACCAAACCCAUGCACUCCGAUUCAGAACCGCCACCGGCGGCGCAGUGCAAUACUCUCCCCCAGCUCAAUUCCGAGAACGAAAAUAAGUUUCUGCGUCACCCGACCCGUGAAGUUCUCGUCUCUCAAGACUUACCAUCGCCGCGGAAAGAAAAUCUGCGUUUUGGGGGAAACGGAGGCCGCCGGGAUCGAAGCCAGCAGUUGUUCUGUCAAGGAUGAGCUCUUCGUGCAGUUCUUUCGAGAAGCGUGGCCUUAUUUUCUGGCUCACAGGGGCAGCACUUUCGUUGUCUUAGUGUCAGCUGAGAUUAUCGAUAGUCCGCAUUUGGAUCCCUUAGUGAUGGAUAUUUCUCUGCUUCAUGGGUUGGGAGUUAAAUUUGUUCUUGUGCCGGGAACACAUAUCCAAAUCGACAGGCUUUUGGUAGAAAGAGGAUCCGAAGCCAAGUAUGUUGGUAGCUACAGAAUCACAGACGCUGACUCCCUUACUGCUUCAAUGGAUGCAUCCGGAAGGAUCCGGAGCAUGAUAGAGGCGAAGCUGUCCCCAGGCCCCUCAUUGAGUGGCAUCCGUCGUCAUGGAGAAAACGAACGUUGGCAUGAUGGUGUUAGUGUUGCCAGUGGUAAUUUCCUGGCUGCCAAGAGAAGAGGGGUAGUUGAGGGAAUCGAUUAUGCAUCGACUGGAGAAGUCAAGAAAAUUGAUGUUUCUUGCAUUCGUGAGAGGCUCGAUCAAGGUUCCAUUGUGCUUUUAAGCAAUCUAGGAUAUUCCAGUUCUGGAGAAGUCCUAAAUUGCAAUACCUAUGAAGUUGCUACAGCGUGUGCAAUGGCCCUUGGAGCAGAGAAACUCAUCUGCAUCAUAGAUGGCCCGAUUCUAGAUGAAUGCGGGCGGCUUAUCCGUUUUCUGACUCUUCAAGAUGCGGACAUGUUAAUUCGUAAACGAGCUAUGCAGAGUGAGACUGCAGCAAAUUAUGUAAAAGCUGUAACUCAAGAUCUUACUUGUCUUGCGCAUGACGAUUCAAAUGACUCAUUCCCUUACGCAAAUGGGAAGGUUUUUAGCCGGACUCCCAAAUUCCAAAAUGGUGUCGGCUUUGAUAAUGGGAAUGGAUUUUGGUCCGCCGCAGAACAAGGUUUUGCUAUUGGAGGUCAGGAAAGGCUGAGCAGGUUAAAUGGUUACUUAUCCGAAUUAGCCGCUGCAGCUUUUGUUUGCAGAGGUGGUGUCCAGAGAGUUCAUUUAUUGGACGGCACUAUAGGCGGAGUCUUGCUUAAGGAAUUGUUUCAGAGAGAUGGAGUUGGUACAAUGGUGGCUAGCGAUCUUUAUGAAGGAAUGCGCACGGCCACGAUAUCAGAUCUCCAUGGAAUUCAGCAACUUUUGCUACCAUUAGAGGAAUCCGGCACUUUAAUAAAGAGGACUGAUGAAGAGCUACUUGAAGCAUUGGGUUCUUUCAUAGUUGCCGAAAGAGAAGGUCAGGUCAUUGCUUGUGCGGCUCUUUUUCCUUUCUUCAAAGAGAAAUGCGGAGAGGUGGCUGCUAUAGCCGUUUCCCCAGAAUGCCGUGGUCAAGGACAGGGAGACAAAUUACUUGACUAUAUUGAGAAGAAGGCAUCUUCGCUUGGACUGCAAAAGCUUUUCUUACUGACAACACGAACAGCAGACUGGUUUGUGAGGCGUGGCUUCUCAGAAUGUUCGAUUGAGUAUUUACCAGAAGAGAGGAGAAAAAAGAUUAACAUAUCCCGUAGAUCCAAGUAUUACAUUAAGAGACUUUUACCUGAUACAAGCGGGAUUCGACUGAACACGGCUCAUGUGUACUAA